AUGUGCCACACUUCCCUUAGAUUCCCUUUAGCUACUACUACUUUAGGCGCCUGCCACUCUUACUUGACUGUUACUUUACAUACAUACAACUUCCUUACCCACCCCCCUCUCGCUCGUCCGGUUCCCCCAGAAAGUCUGUUCGGCUUCUAUUUGACGUUCGGCUCGCGCUGGUCGUUUGCCUUCUUUUUAUCUUCCUCUCCUCCCCGUCGUCAAGUCGUGAAUCUUCAAUUUUCCACCAUCUUGGCCGGUGACUUUGUUCCGCUCCCAGCGUGCAUUCCACCUCCACCACCACCACCAUCCCCCAUCCUUUCACAACGUCACGUCCCAUUCCCUCCUGCACAUACUUUACACACCUUAUACUUUACAUCGGACAUCUCAUCCACGCCCGGUCCACAGGAUCUGACCGCCCCUCAGCCAAUCAUCCGCUGGAUUUGCCCCCAGGCUGUUCCAAUUCCCUGCGACCCUUCCUGUUGGGUUUUUCACCCAUCUCACCGUCUUGUCGGGUGUCCCAAGCCUACGGUUACGAGAUCGACGAUACUACCGGAGAAAAUGUCGACUCAACAGGAUCCCAACCCUUCCAACGAAGGCAAGCACGAUGGCUUGUCCAAAUACGUUAAGCGCAUGAAGAUGGCUCUGAGGAGGAGCUCAACUGUCCGGACCACCACGCCAGUCAUGCAGAAAUCAAGAGAACCUGAGCCAAGCCAAGCUCCCGCUCCCCAACGUAUCCCGCAGGCUCCUACCGUCAAAGCUACACCCGACGCGACCGUUUUCACCAACUGGGGCGCCAUUCAAGAAGAGAAGGCGCGGGCUCUAUUUGCGAAAUACGGACUGACCCUUGAGCCUGGUGAAUGGAGGUCCCCUAGCGAUACGACCGUGCAGCGUGUUGUCAGACCGAUCCGUAUGCGAGUGCGCCGUACCUGCCAUCGCUGCCAGACCACCUUCGGCCCGAACAAAGUUUGUGUCAACUGCCAGCACGUCCGCUGCAAGAGCUGCCCUCACCAUCCCUCCACCAAGACCAACGACCACCGCGACGACACCCAGGCUGCACUCCAGGCCAUUGUCGCGCAGAAAUUGCACAAACCUGUCCCUGUGCAGCACAAACCCAAGCAACCUCCUCUUACGCUGCCCUCACGCACCGGCGGCCAGGAUGUCAUCCACCACCCGACCCGACAACGAGUCCGCCGUACAUGUCAUCAGUGUAGUACUGUGUUCGCUCCGGAUGCUACGGAAUGCAGUACUUGCCAGCAUAUUCGGUGCACAAUGUGCCCUCGCGACCCACCUAAACUGGGCAAAUACCCGCAUGGCUAUCCUGGAGAUGUCGAUGCUCCCGCAGAACCUCCUGCACGGACGUGGAAGAAGCCGCGGCAGCGGGUACGCUAUACAUGCCACAAGUGUACAACGUUGUACCGAUCGGGAGAGAGAAAUUGCUCCAAUUGUGGCCAAGAGAAGGGGCCUGAAACAAUACGAGAUCCACCUCGCAGAGACAAGCCGAAACCAGACCCCGAAAUUGUUCGACGGGUUGAAGAGCGAUUGGCAAAAGUCAGGAUCAGUACUGGCGCAAAUGGCAAGUCAGGAUUUUCAAACCGGUUGCCAAAGCUGCGUCUGUUCACUUACGUGCUCGCACCUUCUUACGACAAGAAUAGCAGCUCAGCAAGCUUUACCCUUUGCAGCUCUCGAAUGCCACAAGGCACUGGGCAUGCAACGAUGGUUGGCGGACCUAGCAUUGUUUGA